AUGUCCGGCCUCUUCGGAAGUGCAACCAGCGCAAGUGCAUCCGCCGCAAACAGUACCACGGGCGAUAUCUCGAAAGACGUUACACUGAGCAACCCACCAGAAGACAGCAUCUCAGAUAUCUCAUUCUCCCCCCAAUCAGAACAUCUCGCCGUUGCAUCAUGGGACAAGAAAGUCCGCAUCUACGAAAUCAACGCACAAGGAGGGAGUGAAGGGAAAGCUCUCUUCGAGCAUGAAGGUCCUGUACUGAGCUGCUGCUGGUCGAAGGAUGGUACGAAAGUAGUCGGCGGUGGUGCCGACAAAGCAGCUCGCCUCCUCGACCUUGGCGCUGGCGCUACUACUGCUCAGCAAGUCGCUGCCCACGACCAGCCAAUACGCUGCGUGCGCAUGAUCGAUGUCCCUGGACAAGCUACACCAGUGCUUGUGACGGGGUCCUGGGACAAGACAGUCAAAUACUGGGAUCUACGGCAACCCAACCCCGUAGCAAGUGUCGGGUGCCAAGAGCGAGUUUACAGCAUCGAUAGUAAAAACAACCUCCUCGUCAUCGGUACAGCGGACCGGUACAUCAACAUCGUGAACCUUGACAAACCAACCGAAUUCUACAAGACCCUACAAUCUCCACUGAAGUGGCAGACCCGCGUGGUAACCUGCUUUUCGGAUUCUUCUGGCUUCGCCGUCGGCAGCAUAGAAGGCCGUUGCGCCAUUCAAUACGUCGAAGAGAAAGAUUCAUCUUCAAAUUUCAGCUUCAAAUGCCACAGACAAACACCACCCAACACCAGAGACAUCAGCAACGUCUACUCCGUCAAUGCUAUUUCAUUCCAUCCCGUUCACGGGACAUUCAGUACUGCAGGCUCUGACGGCACAUUCCACUUCUGGGACAAAGACGCGAAGCAUCGCCUGAAAGGGUAUCCAGAGGUUGGAGGGACCAUUUCAAGUACCGCCUUCAAUCGGGGCGGGAAUAUUUUUGCCUAUGCCGUGAGCUAUGAUUGGAGCAAGGGGUAUUCCGUGAAUACUCCACAGACGGUGAACAAGGUCAUGUUGCACGCGGUACAGGGGGACGAGUGUAAGCCGAGGCCGAAGGCUGUGAAGAGAUGA